AGAGAGAGAGAGAGAGAGAGAGAGACGGGAAGAGGGAAGAGAGAGAGAGAGAGAGAGAGAGAGAGAAUCCCGGCCCGGCCACUGCAAAGCAUCAUUUUUAACGCCAUCGGAUUAAACCCGUCCCGGGCUCUAUCACCGAAAUCACGCCAAGACAUGAGUUUCUUCUGCUGAACUUGCUUCAUGCUGAACUGAGUGGUCCAGUGCUGUCCUCCACCAGUGUUCCCUCUCCCCUCAGUUUUCUGUCCCUUCGUCUGUCUCUUGGUUAGUGAGCAGCCAUGACAAAGUCCUACGAGUUCAACUGGCAGAAGCACCUGCCAGAGUUCAUGCAGGAAGGUGCCUCCUUCGACAGAUUUGACGAGGACCCAUACGUCUUUGAGCCCAACUGCCAGAUGAGGGUGGAUGAGUUUGGCUUUUUUAUCACCUGGAAAAGUGAAGGAAAGGAGGGCCAGGUUCUCGAAUGUUCCCUCAUCAACAGUAUUCGCGUUGGAGCAGUCCCAAAGGACCCGAAGAUCUUGUCGUCGUUUGAGGCCAUAGGAAAGACAGAGGCAGACUUGGAGGGCUGCAUCAUCUGCAUCUGCAGUGGCAUUGACCUGGUCAACCUGAGCUUCAUGUUCAUGGUAGCUGAGAAUCCCGAAACAGCCAGGAAGUGGACAGAGGGGUUGAGGUCAGUGAUUCACAACUUUAAGGCCAACAACGUCUGUCCGAUGACCUGCCUGAAGAAGCAUUGGAUGAGAAUGUGCUUUCUGACCAAUGUGAAUGGGAAGAUUCCUGUAAGAGGCAUCACACGAACAUUUGCAUCAGGGAAGACAGAGAAAGGAAUCUUCCAGGCUCUGAAGGAGUUGGGCCUGCCCAGCGGAAAGAAUGAUGAGAUCGAGCCAUCUGCGUUCACCUUCGACAUUUUCUACGCCCUCACACAGAAGAUCUGCCCUCGCACAGACAUUGAGGAACUCUUCAAGAAGAUCAAUGGGGACAAAACUGAUUAUUUAACUGUAGACCAGUUAGUCAGCUUUCUGAAUGAAAACCAGCGCGACCCCAGGUUAAACGAGAUCCUUUUCCCGUUCUACGAAUCCAAGAGAGCAAUGCAGAUUAUCGAAAAAUACGAGAGAGACCCAGACCGGAGGAAGAAAGGCCACAUGUCCAGCGACGGUUUCUGCCGGUACCUGAUGUCAGAUGAGAAUGCACCCGUGUUCCUGGACCGGCUGGAGCUGUACCAGGAAAUGGACCAGCCGCUAGCCCACUACUUCAUCAGCUCCUCCCACAACACCUACCUGACAGGCCGACAGUUUGGAGGGAAGUCCUCUGUGGAGAUGUACCGCCAGGUCCUGCUGUCCGGUUGCAGAUGUGUGGAGCUGGACUGUUGGGAUGGGAAAGGAGAGGACCAGGAGCCUAUCAUUACUCAUGGCAAGGCUAUGUGCACAGACAUCCUGUUCAAGGAUGUAAUCCAAGCCAUCAAAGAGACAGCGUUUGUCACAUCAGAGUACCCUGUUAUCUUGUCAUUUGAAAACCACUGCAGUAAACCGCAGCAGUAUAAGAUGGCAAAAUAUUGUGAGGAGAUCUUUGGGGACCUUCUCCUUAGACAGCCUGUAGAGAACUUCCCGAUUGAAGCCGGGCGGCCCUUACCUUCCCCAAAUGACCUCAAACGCAAAAUCCUCAUCAAAAACAAACGCUUGAAACCUGAAGUUGAGCAGAAGCAGCUAGAGUCCUUUAAGAAACACAUGGAGGCAGGAGAGACCAACACCCCUGCCAUCAUACUGGGAGAAGAGAAUGAGGAGGAUGCAGAGAACGGAGAGAAGGAGCCUGAGGACAAGGAGUUGAACUCGGAGGCACCUAUCAGUCUUUCAGAGGAGCCCAGUGAGAAGGAGGCCAACAGCGUUUCUCAGAGCAACACUGUCAGCUCGAGGAAAGAAGAGGAAAGCAGCAACAGUAUCAAGAAGGUGGCUGAGGAUGAGGUGACAGAGAUCUCUGAGGCCACAGAAGCAACAGAUGCCACAGACAUCUCUGAAGCAUCAGACCAGGACAAUAACAAGAAGGGCGGGGAGGCAGCGGAAGAAUCUGAAGAGGCUCUGAUCGCCCAGUACACCUACGUCGGAGCCACCACUAACAUCCACCCCUACCUCUCAGCCAUGGUCAACUACGCACAGCCCGUCAAGUUCCAGAGUUUUGAUGUUGCAGAGGAAAGGAACAUCCAUCAUAACAUGUCAUCUUUCAACGAGUCUGUUGGGCUGGGAUAUCUGAAGACCAAUGCCAUCGAGUUUGUCAACUACAACAAGCGUCAGAUGAGCCGUAUCUACCCCAAAGGGGGCCGGGUGGACUCCAGUAAUUACAUGCCUCAGAUCUUCUGGAACGCAGGCUGCCAGAUGGUCUCACUCAACUUCCAGACCCCAGAUUUGGCGAUGCAAUUGAACCAGGGAAAGUUUGAGUACAACGGGUCCUGCGGGUACCUGCUGAAGCCUGAUUUCAUGCGGCGGUCAGACAGGAUGUUCGACCCGUUUUCAGAGACACCAGUGGACGGUGUCAUCGCUGCCACCUGCAGCGUACAGGUGUUCUCCGGCCAGUUCCUGUCGGAUAAGAAAAUCGGCACGUAUGUGGAGGUCGACAUGUACGGCCUGCCAACUGAUACCAUCCGUAAGGAGUUCCGCACACGCAUGGUGAUGAACAAUGGACUGAACCCCGCCUAUAACGAGGAGCCCUUCGUCUUCAGAAAGGUGAUCUUACCGGACCUGGCAGUGCUGCGCAUUGCCGUCUACGAUGACAACAACAAGCUGAUUGGCCAGCGCAUCCUGCCUCUGGAUGGCCUGCAAGCGGGAUACCGCCACAUCUCUCUGAGGAACGAGGGCAACAAGCCCCUGUCGCUGCCCACCAUCUUCUGCCAAAUCAUCCUCAAGACCUACGUGCCCGACGGCUUUGGAGCCAUCGUGGAUGCGCUCUCAGACCCAAAGAAGUUCCUGACUAUAGCAGAGAAGAGAGCUGACCAGAUGAAGGCCCUGGGGAUUGACACGAAUGACAUCGCAGACGUUCCCAGUGGGAGCUCAAAGAACGACAAGAAGGGGAAGGGGAAGGGAGACACGGUGAAGGCCAGUGUGACUCCACAGGCCAGCUCCGAUAUGGCCCAGACCUCCAACGCUGCCCAAAACAACACAGCAGAGACCAAGAAGGAUACAUCUGCACUCGUGCCUAAUGUUAGCAUCGAUGACUUGAAACAAAUGAAGACGUACCUUAAAUUGAUUAAAAAGCAGCAGAAGGAGCUCAACGCUUUAAAGAAGAAACACUCAAAGGAUCAAAACAUCAUGCAGAAGGCUCACUGCACCCAAGUGGACAAAAUGGUGUCUAUGCACGACAAGGAAAAGACGACGCUGGAGAAACUACUGGAGAAAGCCAUCAAGAAACGAGGGGAAAACAACUGCCAAGAGUUGAAGAAGGAGACAGAGGACAAGAUCCAGACACUAACCUCUGACCACAAAGCUAAGGUAAAGGACAUCACAGCGCAGCACACUAAAGAGUGGUCAGAGCUCAUCAGCGGCCACAGCAACGAGGAGCAGGAGAUGAGGGACAGCCACGUCACGCAGCAGUGCGAGCACCUCAAAAAACUCCUGGCCUCUGUCCAGGAGCAGCAAACCAUGCAGCUCAAACUCAUCCACGAACGGCAGAGCAAAGAGAUGCGUGCCAACCAGGCCAAGACGUCCAUGGAAAACAGCAAAGCCAUCAGCCAGGACAAGAGCAUCAAAAACAAGGCCGAGAGAGAGAGGAGAGUGCGAGAGUUAAACAGCAGCAACACUAAGAAGUUCCUGGAUGAGAGGAAACGGCUGGCCUUGAAGCACCAGAAGGAAAUGGAGCAGCUAGAGAAAAACCAGAGAGAGCAGUUGGAGAAACUGGACAAGUUCAAUGAGCAGCUUUUGAAAUCACACCAUGCAAACAAACAGGUUCAAGGCCAAGGACAUGCAGCAGAUGGUGAAGUUGGAGGAGGAGAUGGACCGCAGACCUGCCACAGUGGUGUGAGCGACUAAGACCAAGACACCUACACACCCACACUCUCAUACAUACACACACACUGUCACACACAUGCACACACUCUGACACACACACACUCACACACACACACACACACACACAGAUGCAGACACACUCCAACACCAUACCCAUGACAAAUAGCCAGUCUAUCCCUCCAUAACUCUGAGACUUAAUGCCGCACCUACGCUGAUGUCUCCGUUCUUUUCUGUCAUGUGACUGAGAUCCACUCUAUCUGCGCUCACACACGUACGCACACACACACACACACACAGAUGCGCACACAAAUACACACCACAGCUACUGCCCCUUGUCAGUUUCUUUUCAUUCACCCAGCUCUCCUGUCUCCAAAUCUCCUGCACCCCACCCAAUUUAUUAAACCCACCUACGCUCUAAAUGCCAUUGAGCCAUUGGUGCUGAUUGUUGAUUGGCAGGAGGUUAAACCACUCAUUUUACUAGAGGAAGUGGUACCUGAGAGACACAGACAUACAGGGUCGGACACAUCCCCUCCUCCAGUGCAGAUCUGCAUUUUUACAUUGCCUUCAGUGUACUCUGCAUCCCACUGGAAACACAAGCAACAGCUGCAGCUAUUGUUGGACACACACACGCACACAAACACACACACACACACAACACGCACACAAACGGGCUUGCCCGCUUGUUGGAUGACAGAUAUCCUUUCACUUUUUUGACUUGUUUAAUUUUUUAUCGAUAACCAGAUAAACAGUAACAGCUCCAGAAACAGUGUGGAAGAGGGGAGAAGAAAUAUGUAUAAGAUUUAAUGUCAUGUCAGCACAAAUUAAAAUAAACUAUGUGAAAUAUACUGUGCGCUACUCACCAGUCCUGUCCUGAGCACUUUAUAUGUGGUAGGCCAUCAUCACAAUGUGGAAAAUGUAGCAGUGCACUGCUGUAGGUUUUCUGUAUUUCAAUAAGAAUGUAAACAAAACAAAAAAUAUCACUUUAUGAAUGAGUGCCCCUCCCACGUCACGUAGUCCUACACUGCAACUUGUUUGACUUCACACAAGUGUAUUGUUAUAUGACUUCUUCCUCUUUUUCUUUGGUUAUUGAACAAUGCUUUAGCCUACUUCAAGGCUCCUCUUGUUGAGUCAGAAGCCUUUAAAGGGAGCAUGGUGGGUUGGAUGUUCACUGUGAUCACUCAGGACGAUUUCACACUCAAACUGCGCCUUAAUCACUAGGAAACACCCAGGAGAUGGCAUGACUGCUUUAAUCCCCAUGACGGCGACAUACUACAUCGCCCCCCUUUACAUUUUUAUGAUUGUUUUGAUUGUCACCCUGCUAAACUGUUUAAUAUAAAAGUCUGUAUGCGUAGUUUUGGGCUCCAAAUGACAUACUGCAUGUAAAAUUAAAAGACUUGCAACAAGCAGAUUGUUUCUAACUUCAACUGUUUUUAAGUAUUUGUAAUUAGGCACAGUAAAAAUUUCUUGGGGUAUUAAGAUACCACAAUAUAUUUUACAAGAAGAAUACAAAAAAGGAGACCUUAAUAGCAAUUUACUGUACAUUCUCUAUUGCCCAUCAGAUUUUUAACCCUCCUCUUACCUUCAAAUUUGCUAACAUUUUUGGAUCUCAUCAGUUGGGGUCAAUUUGAUCCCAGCAAUUUGAACCUCCAGAAAAUGAUUAAAAUAAAAUUUGUUUAAUUUGUUAAAAUUUGUGUGCAGAAACACAUAUGGUAAUGUACAGGUCAGUCAACUUUGCUUUUAUAAGGUGCACUCAAAACUCUGUACAUUACAGUAUAUCCCAAAGAAACCAAUAGUUAAAAUAGUACUAAUAAUAUGUUUGCUGUUGUGAUGGUGAUGUAGUAAGCAAUUACUUUACUGUGCCACUAUUCUGGGUUAUAUAAUAAUAACAUGACAUGAUUGAAAAUACAUGUUGAAUCGAUUCAUUUGAUUCAGAUUCAGCAUCAGGACAUUGUUUUUAUAUUUUUUAUGUGAAGAAUAUAUUUUAAGAAAUUAAUCUGUGACAUAAACUCCAGUGAGACGCUUUGUUUCUAAAUAAAGCAUUUUGGGUCUUACAGUAAUAUUUGGCAGCUUGUUUUGUGUUUUAGGCUUUUGCACGUCAAAAUCUGAUGUCACAACUGGGACGAAGCAAUUGAAAGAUACUAUAGCACGGCGGUACCAAAUUAAACCACAUUCAGCAGUGCAUUAAUUCUGCAGGAAUGCUUUUUUUUUUCACUGACAGUCUCCUUUCUUUGAGUAAAGAACUUUGCCCAACAGAAGUCAAAGCCAUCUCGUCUGUCAGUUUCCAAGUCAUUUAGGCUCUGUUGAGGUGAAGUGCUCCCUUAAUAGCUUCUUGACCGUACCUCAGCAAACUCGGCUUGUAAUCCUCAUUAUUUCCCUGCUUGGCCCUGCUCUGUUGUGUGAAGACAUCAGAAAAAAAGGUAUUUAAUGAAGUCUAUCACAUUGGCUAUCCCACAGCAUUCACACCAGGGAUUUCAGACAAGGUGUCGGCCAAGCAGGUUGAUACGACAAGCAAUACAGGUUCAGCUGGGCCCUCCAAACUCAGAAAUAUUCUUGUGUAUGGGAGUUAGUUUGGGGAAGUGCUAUCCAACUAUUGUAACAGUGAGCCACUGCAAAGAGAGAACUGCAUUGUGGACGCAUUGCUACAAAGUAAAUUUAUGGCUACUGUAGUAUUUGUGCACAUAUUAUUGUGCCAGGCAAUCACAAUGCAUGGCAUUACACUCACAAAUUUUGACUAAAACGGUGAUGAUGAUUAUAUGAUAACAC